UUGUUUGGGAUCCAAGUUUUUAUUUUAUUUUAUUUUUUUUUUGAGCUUUGAACUGGUUUAAUCUCUCACCUUUCUCUAUUCAUCUGCUUUGUAAAACAACAAAGAAUCCUGCAGGUUCAAUGACUGGUUUUGGAGGGUUCCUUGAGAAGAAGCCAUAUGUGCCACCUUCAUGGGCUUCUCAUCUCACUCUCAUACCUUCCCAUACCUGCAGCAUUGGCCGUUUUCCCACUCCCAUACACAAAUGGGAACUUCCCAAUCUUCCACAAGGAACUGAAGUUUGGAUAAAGCGUGAGGAUCUUACUGGAAUAUUAUUGAGUGGCAAUAAAGCAAGAAAGUUGGAAUUUUUGAUGGCUGAUGCCGUUGCGCAAGGUGCAGACUGUGUUAUUACUAUGGGAGGCUUGCAAAGUAAUCACUGUCGCACAACUGCUGCAGCUGCAAGAUAUUUGAAACUUGAUUGUUAUCUGAUAUGCUUCGUCGAGUACCCAAAUAAAGAUCCUGGUUUGGUUGGCAAUCUUCUCAUUGAUCGGCUUGUCGGAGCUCAUAUUAAGCUUGUUCCUGGUCAAGCAUACUUCGACAUUGGACCAGAGGCUCUUUUUGAGAUGUUCCGGAGAAAAUUGGUAGCAGAAGGGAAAAAGCCGUACAUCAUUCCUAUCGGAGCAUCGAACACUCUCGGAACCUGGGGUUAUAUUGAUGGGAUAAGGGAGAUAGAACAGCAGAUUCAAGAAGAAAAUCAGAAAAUUCAGUUUGAUGACAUUGUUGUUGCAUGUGGAAGUGGGGGAACCGUUGCUGGUCUUGCAAUAGGAUCAAAAUUAAGCGGCUUGAAUAUUAAAAUCAAGGCAUUCUCUGUUACAACAUCCCGAGAGUCCUUCGUCGACAAUAUCCAAUCCAAGAUUGAUGAACUACAAGCUGGUUUUGAUUUAAAUGAGCUAGUGACUAUCCAAGAUGUACAGGGAUUAGGCUAUGGUUUCAGCACAACUGAAGAGCUUAAAUUUGUUAAAGAAAUAGCAACAAGCACUGGUGUUUUACUUGACUCUGUUUACUGCGGAAAAGCGGCAUUUGGCAUGAUGAAUGACAUGAAAGCGAACCCGAAAAAAUGGGAAGGUCGAAAGGUUCUUUUCAUACACACCGGAGGUAUAUAUGAACUAUACAAUAAGAGUGAUCAAAUGCUGCCUUUUGCCGGGGAUUUGAGUAAAUUGGAGAUCGAUGAGUCUGUUUCGCCUACUGCCUGAAUCGGAAAGAUGACCGGGUAGUUGAUUAGUGCAAACUGAUGUACUCAUCCAUCUAAGCCUGUUGCAAUGAGAUUUUCAUUUCUUCAUAUGAUGGAAAUAAAUCAAGUCCUGUUGUUUUCAUUUGUGAACUACUACUACUACAGGCAAGAAUAAUGUUCAUUUA